AUGGAUAACUCUUCUGCAACUCGUGUGUUUUUCUUAAUAUGGUUCUUUGCAGCGACGUUCAGCUUCUGCAAAGUAAACUCAAAUAUCUCUUGCAAUGAAAAAGAGAAACAAGCACUUCUGAACCUCAAACGAGGUCUCACUGAUCCUUGGAACGCACUCUCAUCCUGGUCUGACCAAGAAGAUUGCUGUAAAUGGGCAGGAGUUCACUGCGACAACAAAACUGCUCGAGUCACAAAGCUACAGCUCGGUAAUCUCAACUUAAAUGGUGAGAUUAGUCCUUCAUUGCUUGAAUUGGAACAUUUGAAUUACCUGGACUUGAGCAUUAGUAACUUUAACUGUAAUCGUAUUCCAAGUUUCCUUAGUUCAAUGGGCAGUAUGAGACAUCUGAACCUUGCUUCCGCUGGAUUUUGUGGACUGAUUCCACACCAGCUUGGAAAUCUUUCAGAUCUUCGUUAUCUGAAUCUAGGAUAUAAUUUUGGCCUUUAUGUGCAUAACCUUCAUUGGAUGUCUAGUCUCUCUUCCAUGAAAUACCUUGACAUGUCCUCUGUCAACCUUUCUUCAGCACUAGAUUGGCUUCAAAUAAUGAGUAGGCUCUCAUCUCUUUCGGAGCUAUACUUGCCAAAUUGUCAUCUUGAUAGCCUCAAUCCAUCUCUUGGAUUUGUCAAUUUUACAUCUCUUCUAGUCCUUGAUCUUUCCGUAAAUCUUUUCAUUCAUGAGAUACCUAGUUGGUUUUCUAAUAUUAGUUCAACCCUCUUAGAGCUUGACUUGAGCAGCAAUGCACUGAAGGGCGAGAUACCGUGCGGUUUUUCGAAUUUUCAAAACUUAAAACAUCUUGUCUUGGGGGUAAAUUAUCUAACUGGAAAAAUUCCAGAGUCAUUUGGGCAACUUAAGCAUCUAACAGUACUUGAUCUCAAUCUUAAUUCUUUUACUGGUCCUAUUCCUUCAUCCCUUGGGAAUUUAUCUUAUAUGUGGAAGUUAAUCCUUGAAGGUAAUCGGUUGAAUGGUACUCUCCCAAAAAGUCUUGGGCUUCUCUCAAAUUUAAAGCACUUGUUUAUCGGAAAUAAUUCCUUAACAGGCACAGUAGAUGAAGUGUUUUUUACCAAACUCCCGAAAUUAAAGUACCUAGACCUGUCUCGAACACCUUUGUUCUUCAAUGUGAAUUCCAAUUGGGUUCCACCUUUUCAACUUAUAUAUGCCCACAUGAGCUCUUGCAAGGUAGGACCUAACUUUCCUGCAUGGCUACAAACACAAAGAUCUCUCAAGGUUUUAUUAAUGUCCAUGUCAGGAAUUUCGGACAAGGCUCCGAGUUGGUUUUGGAAUUGGACUUCAAACAUUGACUUCGUCAAUCUCUCUGCCAAUAACAUAGAAGGCGACGUACCAAAUUUUUUGGUGAAUUCUACCGUCUUAGAUCUUAGUUCUAAUCACUUGAAAGGUCAGCUGCCUCGUUUGUCUGCAAAUGUCAGAGUGCUUGAUGUAGCUAACAACUUAUUUUCUGGACCCAUUUCCACUUUCCUGUGUCAAAAGACUAAUAGAAAAAAUAAGUUACAAGUUUUAGAUGCAUCAAACAAUCUUUUGUCAGGAGAACUUUCUCAUUGCUGGUGGUAUUGGCAGUAUUUGAUCCAUUUAAACUUGGGGAGCAAUCAUUUGUCAAGUAGAAUUCCUAACUCGAUGGGGUCUUUAGUUGCACUCAAAGCAUUGCGAUUACCCAACAAUAGCAUUUAUGGGGAUAUUCCUUCAUCAUUACAAAAGUGCUCAAAUUUGGGACUUCUUGAUAUGGGUGAAAAUCAUUUGUCAAUGACCAUACCACUUUGGAUUGGAGAAAUGAAAAGUCUUAUUAUUCUCCGUCUAAGAUCUAAUGGGUUGAAAGGGCAUAUACCUCUACAGACAUGCCAACUUUCUUCUCUUAGAGUAUUGGAUCUUGCAAAUAAUAGCCUAUCAGGACCCAUACCAAAGUGUUUGAAUUCUAUCAAUUCCAUGGCAAUGCCCCAUGUUGAAAACUAUGAAACUAUGGAGUAUUUGGAAAAUGCAGGCAUCUACUUCGAGAGUCUCAUGUUAGUUCCCAAGGGGGAGGAAUUAAGGUAUGAAGAGAACCUUGAAUUUGUUAGCAUCAUUGACCUUUCAAGUAAUAACUUGUCAGGAUCAAUCCCUAAUGAAAUUUCAGUUCUUUCCCAAUUGAUUUUUUUGAACUUAUCUCGAAACCAUUUGACGGGGAAGAUACCAGAAAAAAUUGGGACCAUGAAAGAGUUAGAGUCUAUUGAUCUCUCAAGAAAUUAUUUAUCGGGUGAAAUUCCUCCAAGCAUGUCUAAUUUGACAUUUCUUAGUUACUUGGACUUGUCAUACAACAACUUCUCAGGUAGAAUUCCUUCAAGCACCCAACUUCAGAGCUUUGAUGCACUUCGCUACACUGGAAAUCCUGAACUUUGUGGUGCUCCUCUCAAAACAAACUGCAGAAAAGAGCAAGAAUCUGAUGGUGAUACUCCUGUGGGCAAAGCUGGUGUGACUCCUGUGGGCAAAGCUGAAGAUGACUCUGAAACAUCAUGGUUUUACAGUGGCUUGGGGGUUGGAUUUGCUGUAGGUUUUUGGGGAGUUUGUGCUGCUCCUUUCUUCAAAAAUACUUGGACUUCUUUCUGGUCUGUCAAUGACAUGAAUGAUCAGCCUAUGUAA